AUGUCGGACGAGUUCGUCAUCAGCCCACCAUGGGGAGCCAUCCUCCGACAGUUCUUCUAUUCCCAGUUCUUCGGCACCCCAACAUAUCCAACACACUCGUUCGCGGGACAGACAGUCAUCGUGACGGGCUCGAACGUGGGACUUGGCUUCGAAGCAGCACGGCACGUCUACCGACUCAACGCGGCGAAACUGAUCCUCGCGGUGCGCACGGUGAAGAAGGGCGAAGCCGCCAAAGAAGACAUCGUGCGCAGCGUCCGACACCGCAGCGACGGCGCUACGGCCAUCGAAGUCUGGCCCCUGGAUCUCGAGAGCACGAAAUCGACGCUUGCGUUCGCGGACAAGGCCAACGCCCUGCCCAGACUCGACGCCUUGAUCGAAAACGCCGGUAUCGUCAAUCAACAAUACAAGACGUCCGAGGGCUUCGAGCAAGUCAUCCAGGUGAACGUGAUCAACACGUUCCUGCUCGCGCUGUCCCUCCUCCCGAAGCUGCGCGAGACCAAGCAGAAGUUCGCGGACUCGGUCCCACACCUCGAGAUCGUGUCGUCCGAAGUCCACCACAUGACCAAGCUGCCCGCGCUCAACGCGCCGGACAUCUACGAGAAUCUGAACGCCGAGGCCUCGUUCGACAUAGACCGGUACAACGCGAGCAAGGCGCUCGAGGUCCUGUUCGUCCGCGAGCUGGUGUCGCGCCUCGGCAGCGAUGACCAUUCCGUCGUCAUCACCCUCGUGAACCCGGGUCUGUGCCGCAGUGCUUUGGACCGCAACGGGCCCGCCAUCCAGCGCUACAUCCUUGCCGGUUUCCGCUAUACCGUGGGCAGGUCGACUGAGGUCGGCUCCCGGACCUUGAUCCACGGUGCCACCGCUGGCCCCUCCAGUCACGGCGAGUUCAUGUCUGAUGGGGUCAAUCAGAAUGUCGCCGAGUGGAUCCGGACCGACAUGGGGAAGAAGGCGCAGGUCAAGGUCUUCGAGCAGACAAUGAAGGUGCUGGAGUCGAGGAAGCCGGGAAUUGGCAAGGCCGUCGGCUUGUGA